UUUCUCCUUCCUCCAACAUUUCUCUCUCCUUCCCUCCCCCUCAGAAGUUACUCAUGAUUUCACUCUGAGGUGGUUUAGUGUUCUUAGGCACUGAACACACAUGUUCAGAAUUUUGAGCAGCCUUUACUUGUUCCCUUAAGAAAUGAAGAACCAUUUAACUGUAUUUUUCCGAUCUAGAGAUCAAAUAUUUCAUUAGAUAUAUUUUUUAUUAUAGUUUUAUCCAGUUUGGAUAUUGAUGGAUGCAUCUUUUUUGUUUUUGCACUGAUUUAAAAAAUUGUGCAAGUGCACUUUUGGACACUUUUGCUUGAUUUGCAUGUUAUGUUGUGGUUGCAAUGCCAAUGAGCACCUUUGAUCUGUUGGGAAAACGGUGAAAAGGGACUGCAUCAUCAUUUUCAUCAGACUGAACAUCAGCAUCACUGGAACAGCUUUAUCUGGGAGGCAUCCUGAGACAGAAAUCAUGAAAGACAACAAUGGUGGAUAUGAAAACCAGCUAUUCAAAGAUGAGGACUUUAUGGGAGAGGAAGAGGAGAUACCUUCAUUCAGAGGUCGCUCAAGAGUUGGCUGUAUGAGAUGUCAGCAGAGCCACUCUCUCCAGCUGGCUGUCAAAGUUCUUUAUGGUUUUGUUGCUUUUCUCAUCAUAACUGUUGCAGUGCUGGCAUCACUUGUGUUCAAAAAGGUGGAUAAUUUGUCUGAAGAGGAAGCAGCGUAUAAUAAGAAGAUCACAAAGGUUCAAGAAGGAAUAGAGGAUCUGAGCUCUGUGUCCAACAGUUCAGAAUGCCUGGAUGUCUCAAUUUACACUGAAGAGAUCAACAGGCUAAAGAGAGAAUUUGGAGAAAUCCAGAAGAUGAUUUUGGGUCAAGAGCUGUCACUGGAUCAGGCUUCCCAAACGCAGACUACCAUAAAAGCAACGAGCAACCAGAUGACACGGCAAGUCCAAAACCAUCUGAUGUCUCUGAAACUCCUCAACCAGUCUCUGGAGAGACUAACCAAUCAGGUCCAAGGUUGGAAGGAGGUGAUUGAUGAAACAGAGGAGAAGAUGAAAACUCUGACCGAGGAUCAGUACGAUAUAAAAGCAAUGGCACAACAAGUUAACACAACGGUAGCAAUAAGCGCAAUGUGGAUAGAUACCCUCCAAAAAAAAGCAGAUGAUGAGACUGCUGUCCUCCAGAAAUUGAGUAGCGACUGGCAAAACUACAGUCACGUUUUGAGCGCAAUCAAAUCCAACACCAGCAGCACCGCUCAAACAAUGCGUUCCCUUCAGAGCAGCAUCAUAAUAGAUCAGCAAAGAAUGGCCAUGUCCUCUGAGGUGAUCUACGACCUCACGCACCAGGUUCUGAACCUCCAGAUGCAAAUCGACAAUGUAACAACUCUCAUGGAUGAAAACGAAGAAAACAUGCAUGAUCUUCAGUAUCACUCCAGGUAUUAUGAGAAUCGAACAGGUGAACGAUUUUCAGCCUUAGAUGGGCGUCUGAACUCCAUCAAGAUGGAAAUUGACACCAUCGCUUCAAGCAUCAAUGCCACUGUCUUCCACGUUCAGAGCAUGUACAAGUAUAUAAAUGUUGAGAGCUCCUCCUGCAAGACUCGCCUGGGAAGACACACUGAGGACUUACAGAACAUGAACACCACAGUUUUCUUGCUCCUUAACUUGGCCAGCACUCUGAAGCAACAGCACACGCUGCUGAAUGUUCGCUUAGAUAUGGACGUGAGGAACCUAUCAAUGGUGAUGGAGGAGAUGAAGUUGGUUGAUGUUCAUCAUAAUAAACUCAUAAACAAUUUCACUAUUCUUAAAGGUGCUCCUGGGCCUCCUGGCCCAAAAGGAAACCGUGGUGAGAGUGGUCCAAAAGGACCUAUGGGACUUACUGGCAGUAAAGGGGACAGGGGCCCUAUAGGAAGUCGCGGCCCCAUGGGUGUGAAGGGUUCUCUUGGUCCCAAGGGAACAUCAGGUCCACCGGGCCCCAGUGGGGCCAGAGGGCCCCCUGGCAUAAAUGGAACAAAAGGGUCAAUUGGUCUACAAGGCCCCAAGGGGCAAAGGGGUCAGAAAGGGGAUAUGGGUCCCGCUGGUAUUGAUGGCCUACCUGGGACUCAAGGACCUUCAGGGAUCCAAGGCCAAGUAGGAUUACCCGGCAUCACUGGGCCUGCAGGACCAAGAGGAAAACCUGGGCCAGCAGGUCCACCUGGGCCAGCAGGCCCACCUGGACCUCCUGGGUUACCGUACAGGCAUGACGGCCCUCAGCAGCAACCAAUGACAACUGCUGCAGGAGCCAAGAGACAGUAGAGAAGACUAAUUUGAUGGGGGGUUUUUUCAUACUAAAAAGCUGUGGAAUAUUGAGUGAAGAACCAAAAUCCUGGUUUCAACAGAAGACAUUUAUACAUUUGUUGGAUUGUGUGAAGUCAUCAGAACUUCUUAAAACUACAGUAGACCAGCUGCAGGAUGGAAGGCAUGGGUAUGAUAAAUAAGAUAAUGAAAGCCAAAGCAGCCUUUUAUUGACUGAGCAGUUAAAUAAUCAUAAAUGC